AUGCAGACAAACUUUCUUUCCCAGCAAUUGAAUGCUGGUUCUUUGGCAGAAAACUCCACGGUUUGUCCAGCAAAUGCUACUAUUUGUGAUGGUACAUCUUGCGUAUUACCAGAAGAUAAUUUUAAUCGAACAUUGAGCGUAAUUUUAAGUACUGUUCUAACAGUCAUGCUGGCUUUGGUGAUGUUCUCCAUGGGCUGCAAUGUGGAACUUAAGAAUUUCUUUUGCCACAUAAAAAGACCAUGGGGUAUAUUUGUGGGUUUCCUUUGCCAGUUUGGAAUUAUGCCUCUCACAGCCUUCUUGCUCUCUUUGGCCUUUAACAUCCUUCCUAUUCAAGCUGUUGUGGUGAUGAUCAUGGGAUGCUGCCCAGGGGGCACAGCCUCAAAUGUCAUCGCCUACUGGGUGGAUGGAGACAUGGACCUAAGCAUCAGCAUGACAACUUGCUCCACGCUGCUUGCAAUGGGAAUGAUGCCACUUUGUCUCUUUAUUUACACCAAGAUGUGGACUGAUUCUGAUGCAAUUGUACUCCCCUAUGACAGUAUUGGACUGUCUCUGGUAGCUCUUGUGAUUCCUGUUUCAUUUGGAAUAUUUGUCAACCACAAAUGGCCUAGUAAAGCUAAAAUCAUACUUAAGGUUGGUUCCAUUGUGGGAGCAGUGCUCAUUGUGCUCAUCGCUGUGGUUGGGGGAAUACUCUACAAAGGCUCCUGGAUUAUCUCACCAAAGUUAUGGAUCAUUGGCACCAUAUUUCCAGCAGCUGGCUAUUCUUUAGGAUUCCUUCUGGCUCGUAUAGCUGGUCUGUCUUGGCACAGAUGUCGUACAGUGUCUUUGGAAACAGGCAUGCAAAACACUCAGCUAUGUUCCACUAUAGUACAGCUCUCAUUCACUCCUGAACAACUUGAACUGAUGUUUACUUUCCCACUCGUCUACAGCAUUUUCCAGCUGUUGUUUGCCCUACUCAUUUUAGGAGGCUACCGUCUUUACAGAAGACACCGUGUCAAAACAAAGACAGAUGUUGAGAAAACAGCACAAGAAGAGGAUUCAAAACCAAGUGCUAACAUAAACGGAGGAUAUAUAUCAGAUGAGAUAAAAUAG